GUAGCUUUUGAAAUUCUCCACAAAAAAGCUAAAAAUAAUCGUGGAUUCAUCAAAAAACAUAAAUAAACUGUUUCCUCCGAAUUUUUAACGCAAAUACUCAUAACCUAGUUCAAUUAAUCUAUGAGAAUUUCUCAAAUCUGAUAUUUUAUUCAGUUAAAUUGAAGUGAAGAUAACCUCCUAGUUCUGUUCUGUUCGGUGGAUAUUAUCGAGAAAAAGUGGAAACAGAAGAUAAAUAAAUGUGAUGAAUAACAAUUCAAUAAUGUGACGUGAAGGAAUAAAUGAGUUGAUUGAAAAUUGUUGUGACAGUGAGUUUUCUGGAUUAUGUCGAGUGAAAAUAUUGUUGUUGAGCGGGAGGAGGGAGCGAUUGAUGGAGACAGACAUCAGGUGCAAUUGACAGAUGCCAUUGGAGAUUCGGAAAUGUCACAAUUGUUGAGGGAACAGAAUCAAUUGUUAAUGAGACAGAAGUCACAACAGUUCGUCGAGGAGAUUAAUUUCAAGGAGAUACAGACGGAAGAGGUUGUUGGUAAAGGCUCCUUCGGGGUCGUCUACAAGGCCAAAUGGCGGGGGAGGUAUGUCGCUGUGAAGCACAUAAAUACAGAGGGAGAACGCAGGGCAUUUGCUGUAGAAGUGCGACAGUUAUCCAGGGUCUCACACCCGAACAUCGUGAGGCUCUACGGAGCCUGCACCACGGAUCCAGUCUGUCUCGUCAUGGAAUAUGCUGAGGGGGGAUCUCUCUACAAUGUCCUUCAUUGCGAGCCCAAGCCACAUUACACCGCAGGUCAUGCCAUAAGUUGGGCCCUCCAGUGUGCAAAGGGAGUUCAGUACCUCCACAGUAUGAAGCCAAAGCCACUGAUUCACAGAGACCUGAAACCACCGAAUCUACUCUUAAUCCUGGGUGGUCGAACCCUAAAGAUCUGUGACUUUGGUACUGCCUGUGACCUGAACACUUAUAUGACCAACAACAAGGGCUCAGCCGCAUGGAUGGCCCCUGAAGUGUUCGAGGGCUCGAAAUACACUGAAAAGUGUGACAUAUUCAGUUGGGGAGUUAUCCUGUGGGAAGUAUUGACGAGGCGAAAGCCUUUCGAUGACAUUGGAGGCUCUGCCUACAGGAUCAUGUGGGCAGUGCACAUAGGACAGAGACCACCACUCAUCGAGGGUUGUCCCAAGCCCAUUGAGGACUUAAUGACGAGGUGCUGGCAGAAAAAUCCUGAGGGUCGCCCUGGGAUGGAGGAAAUAGUCACAGUAAUGACACACUUGUCAGAAUUCGUCAGCGGCGAGUUGGAGCCAGUGGAGUACAUGCCAAGUAUGAGCGAGGAACUCGGGGAGGACAUGUCCAACGAAGACGACACGAUAGAUAUGACGUGGAACGAAUCGAGUCAAUUGGACAGGGACGCAAGUGUUCCUGGGGAUGAUAAUGUUCAUGAGACCCUCGAGGGUGGUUUGAAAAAUGGACCAGGGAAAGGGGAAGCCUAUAGUUCUGAUUUUCAGGAGUCACCAAGGGUCUUUGCAAAUGACGAGGAGAUGGAGGGCUCCACUGUUCGAGUGACAUCACGACCUCCAGUGGCUCCAGUCCGGUCUGGGGGGCUCUCCAGAAUGGAGGGGCAGGGCUUCCAACCCCUUCACAUCGAUUGUGAUCCAGGCUCCUGGGAGCUGCAGAACAUGGCAGGAUUCGAUAAAAUGGGACUGAAAACGAAGAAAAAUCCCGAGAAAGUACCCGAGAGCAGUACAAGCGCAGAUGACCUGGAGGAUGUGUACCGGGUCCUGGACACGGAGCUACGACCCUUAACCCCGGACAACAGUUGUCAAAUAUCAAAAGAGAUAUUCGAUGAGCACAAGCUCCUGGCCCAGGAGUACCUGAAAAUUCAGACUGAAAUAGCCCUUGUGGGGCAGUACAGGAGUGACAUGCUGAAGAAUUUAAGUCCUGAUGCCCUAAAGGAUCAGCAGGAGCUCAGAAAACUCGAGGACGAGAAGGAGUCAUUGGUGAAACUCUACAGGAACUUGAAACGUCAGCUGGAGUUGAUGAAGGGUCAAGGGAGGGUCACCCCGACGCCGCCGACCGGCUCAUCGAACCCAGCAGUUCCUGGUAACGACGGCUGGGUCUUCAUACCCCGGCAGGAGCCAUCGAGAAUCUCCUGAGUUCGAUUGACAUCAUCAUGUGACCAUUACGAUUGUAAAAACAUCAUUAUUUAUAAGCAAUCCCAUAAUUCAUUCGCACUUUGAGGAACAAAUCAUUCUGAAAAUUCAUAAAAAUCAUGAACUUGUAAUUUAUAAUUGUAAUGAUACCGGUUAAGAAUUAGUUUAAGACGGAAAGUCAUUUAUUUUGUCAAUAAAAAUCGCAUAAUGAUAAAAUCGAGAUUCAAAGAAUUUCCAUAAGCUGUCAACAAACUUUUUUCUUCAAUAGUAUUAAAUUCAUAAUUAAACUGGGAAAAAUGGCGGUCGAAUAGCUCUUAAAAAAGAAAAUACAUCGUAGUCUUCCGUCAUAAUUUCUAUUGCGUUAAUUAAACCUAGAUUGUCAAUGAAUCUGA